AUGGUUAACCUAGCGCUCAAGAGAUCGAUGACCUUGGAAAGAGCUGAGAAGUAUCGGCACCAUACACUAGAAUAUCUCCAAAGUUGCCUUCUCCUCUUCCCCGAGGUGACUUUAGCUCCUAACCACCACAUGUCAAUACAUCUUGCCGAUUGCCUGGAGAAAAUUGGUCCAUCAAGAGCUUGGUGGUCUUUCUUGAUGGAGAGGCUCAUGGGUACAAUUGUAAGGCCGCUCAUAACAACCGUUUUGGCAUUACUGUCAACACCGGAAGCAUUUCCAGAGCAGCUAAGGCCCUUCCUCCCUCAGUUGCAAGCCUUCCAAGAUCCGAUCCCUGCCAAGGUUGAAACACUACGCAAAUAUUGCCAAGCAUCUCUUGAUUCAACUACGCUGAAAGCUCUGAUCAAGCGACUGAACGAGCUCUUCCCUUGUCCCACCGGAGCGCUGUGGAUCCCAUCUGACGAAUGGGAAAAGAAGAGAAAAGCUGAAUCUACAAAGUUUCUUGCCGUCAAUCCUUGCGUAGAAAAGCUGUCAAGUUGCUUGAUCAACAAGGUGCGCUUCUCCACCUUUCGAGAGAAUCCAAAUAACAGCGUGAUUGCCCUACAAGCUGGUUGCGCGCCUCAGUACGGAAUCAUUGAAGAUAUAAUUUCACAUUGGCGAACCUUGGGGAAUGGAACCAGCAAGACCAAUACUUGGCUGGUGAUUCAACCCCUCGUACCAUGUAAUUUCUCCAGUCCAUUCGCAGGUAUAACCAAACAAUUUGACCUGCAAGUCGAACUCAGGAUGCCUCAUACUGAGACACUUUAUAUUAACCACACGGAGGAGGUUCUAGCUCAUUGUGCAUGGAUUAAGUAUAAGGCCGGUGAAAUAUUACCAAGUAUCAAAAAAGAGUGUAUUGCUUUAGUAUCUCUUGAUUGUUGA